AAUAAGGUUAAGGUGGUAUUGGGUUGGAACUUGAUAUUUAAUACCAUGUGUUUGGUUAAAUUCUGGAAUGAAAUAUCAUCCCCUUAAUUUCAUGUAUUUGAUACCUAAGGGAAUGGAAUGAGCCAAACCCACCCCCCAAGGUUUCUAAACCCCAUACCUUAUGGGUUUGAGGUAUGGGUUUAAAAAUCAUAUUUUUGACAACCAAACAUAUAGUAUGAGUUUUUAUUAUUCUAAACUCAUACCUCAUGCCUAUAAUCCGCGAACCAAACACCCCAUCAAAUAAUCCAAAUGAAAAAAAAAUAAAAAAAAUGAAAAACCAAGUGUCAAAAAGACCAAAACCGUUUGUGCUCCCCUGGUUUAUUUGAGUCACCUUUAUUCCUCCCCUUUCUUCUCUCUUACUUCUUCUUCCUCUUCUUCUUCUACUACCAAACUUCACAUACAUCACUCUUCCUUUUCUCCACCCUUCUCAUUUCUCCGGCACACCGCUUUCUCUCUCCUCACCACCACCCGCCACCUGUCCACCUUCUCCACCGUCUGAUCUUCCCUUACUCUGCACCUUACUGUACUAGAUCAAAUCCCAAUCACAAUCACACUUCCAAUUUCUUGGGUUUUUCUAUGCUAUGGAAUCCUCCAAUACUUCCGGUGCACCCUCAAAUCCCACCGUUGGAUCUUCCAACAAUGGCGUGAUUAGUUUCGACGGCUGUGAUUCUUCGACACAUCUCAUGCCCAAGAUUGUUCAAGGACAGUGUGGGUUUGUUCUUGAAGAUGUUCCUCAUUUGUGUGAUUACCUCUCUAAUCUCCCUACCUAUCAUAAUCCGUUGCAAGACAAUCCCUCAUAUUCUGUUGUCAAGCGGCAUUUCGUAAAUGAAGAAGAUACAGUCGCUCAGACGAUUGUUGUUCAUGAAGAUAGUCCAAGAGGGAUACAUUUUAGGCGUGCUGGACCUCAGCAGAGGGUGUAUUUUGAAGCUGAUGAAGUGCAAGCUUGCAUUGUGACAUGUGGUGGUCUAUGUCCUGGUUUGAACACAGUUGUCCGAGAAUUAGUAUGUGGUUUAUACCAUAUGUAUGGCAUCACUAGAGUACUUGGUAUUGAGGGAGGCUAUAGAGGUUUCUAUGCUCGAAAUACUGUAUCAUUAACUCCCAAAUCUGUAAACGACAUCCACAAACGUGGUGGAACAGUCCUUGGUACUUCACGAGGAGGCCAUGAUACCAUAAAGAUAGUUGACAGCAUAGAGGAUCGAGGGAUUAAUCAGGUAUACAUAAUUGGAGGUGAUGGUACUCAAAGAGGGGCAUCUGUGAUUUAUGAGGAAGUCAGAAGACGAGGACUAAAAGUUUCUGUUAUUGGGAUUCCCAAGACCAUAGACAAUGAUAUUCCGGUUAUAGACAAGUCCUUUGGUUUUGACACUGCUGUGGAGGAGGCGCAAAGAGCAAUUGAUGCAGCACAUGUGGAAGCUAUGAGUGCGGAACAUGGUGUGGGUGUUGUUAAGCUAAUGGGGCGUGAUUGUGGAUUUAUAGCUCUGUAUGCAACUCUUGCCAGCCGAGAUGUGGACUGUUGCUUGAUCCCAGAAUCACCAUUUUAUCUUGAAGGACCUGGUGGACUCUUUGAAUAUAUGGAGAAAAGGCUCAAAGAAAAUGGGCAUAUGGUCAUUGUCAUAGCUGAGGGUGCAGGACAGAAUCUUCUUUCAGAAUGCAUGCCUAAUACGGAUGCAAAGGAUGCCUCAGGGAACAAGCUGUACCAAGAUGUUGGAUUCUGGAUAUCACAGAAAAUAAAGGAUCAUUUCAAGCAGAUCGAUUGGGUGAUAAAUCUCAAAUACAUUGAUCCCACGUAUAUGAUCCGUGCAGUUCCUGCAAAUGCUUCAGAUAAUGUUUACUGUACACUACUUGCACAGAGUGCAGUUCAUGGUGCAAUGGCAGGGUUCACAGGGUUCACUGUUGGGCCAGUUAACAGUCGACAUGCCUACAUACCGUUCCAGCGAAUUACCGAGAAGCAAAACAAGGUUAUAAUAACUGACAGGAUGUGGGCUAGGCUCUUGUCCUCCACCAACCAGCCAAGUUUUUUGGACCCUGAGACCAUUGAAGGAUUGAAGAAAGAAGAGCACAAGCAGACAUAAUAGCUUGAGUAAGAGAAGCUGAUGAAUUUCCUCAAAGCGAAGAGACUACGUUUUCUGUACAUUUCAAUAUGCCUUGAUAUCCUGUAAAACAUAUACCAUGAGAGGGUUGUUGAGGAUUUUAACUUUUUAUGCAAUCACUGAGAAAGAUCUAAAUGAAAUCUUGAUUGGAUGGCGGAAGCUAUGACUGUGCUAACACUUCACCAUUGGGAUUCCUCAAAUUUUGAAAACUGCAUCAGUCAGUGAGAUGUUUUAUGUAAACAAUUUUGUUUCUGAUAAUUUUUUUUUAAAUAGGUGAUUUGUUCUUUGAGAUGGCCUUGUAUAAAAUUGAGACAGUUCCAGUUGUGCUUUGCAGAUUCUUUUUAACCCAUAAUUUGUUCAUAGUGCCAACUUUUGCAUAAAAAA